AUGGCACGCUUACGACUAGGCUUGCCCCUAGCCAUGCAUCCAUCCGCGCGGCAGACGUUGGAUUGGCGGGAGGGUAGGAAUAGGGAAAGGGAAAGGAUAGGUGGUGUGAAAAAGGAAGAUUGGAGUGCAAGGGAUAGGGCAGUAAUAGCUAGGGAAGCCGGGGUCGCAUACCCGUAUACCAUACCACAACUACCGGACAGUAUAUUAAUGGUAUUAGGCAUAUACUGCGUAAUGGCGAUGGACCCAUUGCUAAAAGACUUGUUAACUCCGAUACAACAGCUUGGAGAGAGAUGUGGCUAUGAGAGCUGUCCCGCUUUACGAGAGGGAUGGAUAUACGUACACAUAGCACCGCACUCUCACGCCGAACUCGGUUACACAAACACGUUCGAUGAACACUACACGGGAGAUGACAAUUUCUUUAUACAGAGCAAGAUUAAUAUGAAACAGGUGUUGGACGCGACUAUUAGCGAGCUGUGGGCAGACAAACGAAGAACGUUUACACUAUCAGACAGUGAGCUACCUUAUUUCUUUCAUUGGUGGUCUAGACGACAUGAUACUGUACGUCGUAUGGUGUAUGAGCUCAUUAGACAGGGGCGUCUGAUGUUCGUAGGGGGAGGGUGGGGGAUGGCGGACGAGGCCUGUUCGUAUUAUCAGUCAGUUAUCGACAGCUUCACUUAUUCUUUGAGAAAAAUUGACUCCACAUUUCUGACCUGCGGUCGUCCGCUGGUUGCGUGGCAAGCUGACACCUUUGGACAUUCAAAGGAAAUCGCUUCUCUCAUCGCCCAAAUGGGUUACGACGGAUUGUUCAUAAAUCCAAUAAGCUUUGACGACGAAAUAAUAAGGAUGGAGAGAAAGGGAUUGGAGUUUAUCUGGAGGGGCAGCGAUGAUUUGGGAAUUGAAACAGAUAUUUACACAAAUAAGCUGUUCGACGGGUACUGGUCACCUCCAGGGUUCUGUUUCGGCAGUAUGUGUUCAGACCCUCUUCUGAUUACUUCUGAUAGCCUUUUCAGUAAUGUUGAUGAGAGGGUAGAACUGUUCAUAGACUCCAUAAUCCACCGUCAAGCGCUGAGCUACAACACCAAUCAAGUUCUGGUGGUGAUGGGGCAGCGGAUGGGGUACUUCAACGCUAAGAUAUGGUUCGACAAUAUCGACAAGUUGAUCGACCACGUUAACAAGAAGACCUAUAGAGACGGGCGCAAAUUGCACGUGAUGUACUCAAGCCCAGCUUGUUACUUGAAAGCGGUACAUGAGGAAAAUCCAGUUUUGGAAACGAAACAAGAUGAUUUCUUUCCCCUGGCGUACGAUAAACACUCAUAUACAAGUGGAUUUUUUACCUCACGACCAACUUUCAAGAUCUUAGUUAGAGAGGCGAAUAUAUUCCUACAGACCGCGAGACAGCUACAAGUUUUAGCUGACUUGGGAAAUAAUGACGAUUUUUUUGAGGAGUUUUCGUGGAUUAUGGGUAUAGCACAAGACCACAAUAUGUUAUCAGGCGCCAUGCGACCCUACGUGAAGGAAUACUAUACGAAGAAGUUGUAUCUCGCAGUUCAGGGAGCCAGCGUGUUGAUUACAGAGGCGAUCAAUAAAUUCCGCGGCAGUCCGAAAACGACACAAUAUCGCUUGUGCUACUUCAAUAUCUCGUCUUGUCCCAACACGGAGGUUGAAAAUUUUUAUAUAAUUAUAUACAACAGCUUGGCUUGGCCAGUCACUAUGCCAGUUAGAUUACCAAUUUUGAACAAGAAGUAUGAUGUGUUUGAUCCAUUUGGAAACAAAAUCACAGCAGUUACAACAAAACUAUCAGACCAUAUACGAAAAAUACCAAAAAGGCGAUCGAAAGUUGAAAAUGAACUUGUAUUUAUAGCAGAAAACAUACCAGCUCUAGGGUACAGAUCGUACUUCGUAGAAGAAGUGAAAGUUAAUCGCAGAAAGAAAUCACUUAUAAAGAAGAUAAACAAGAACAGUCAAAAGAAAUACUUCAUAAGACAAACAUCAAAAGAUAAUCUCACUUAUUUCAAUGAUGAUGAGAAUUAUGAAGAUUAUGAUUAUUCUAAAACAGAAAAUAACGUUAUAUUAGGAGAUAUGAGUGAUGUCAAAGUUACUGAACAUUAUAUGAUAACUCCUACACCUACAAGAAGUGCUCAAACAACAAAAAAUUAUGAUAUAACAACACUUAGUGAAAAUGUUCAAGAAGUUACAAAUGCUAAUGAUUUUAUUGAUGAUAAAACAGGAGAUAGUGAUUCAAUGAAAUAUGACUUGGACGAAGAUUCGUAUUAUUCCAUAGAAUCUAAUGAUAAUUUUAUUAACAAUAAGUAUAUCCAAGUGAAUAUCGACGAAUAUCGAAAGAUAUCAAGUCUGAAUCUAUCAAACGGUAUUAAUGUGAGUUUGGACAUACAAUUUUUUUACUACGUGUCUGAUGAACCAUCAAAGCUGAACAGUAGUAAACGCAACCCUGGCGCGUAUAUAUUUCGAUCGAUUGACAGUCACCCGGAACCAAUAAUGGAAAACUUUGACAUAAAUGUUUUGAAGAGCAACGUUGUUAACGAAAUUCAUUGCAAGUAUUCGGAAUACGCAUCCCUUACACUAAAGCUAUACAAAGAUAGUCCGGUUGUUGAAAUCGAUUGGCUCGUUGGCCCAGUACCGAUAAGUGAUGGUCUAGGAAAAGAGGUUUUUAUAAGAUACACAACUAAUUUGGACAAUAAAGGGGCUUUCUAUACAGAUGCAAAUGGGAGACAGAUGAUAAAAAGGAUUAGAGAUAGGAGAGCGUUGUAUGAGCCGUAUAAUUUGGAUCGUAUUGCCGGAAACUAUUAUCCAGUCACAUCAAGAAUUUAUAUAGAAGAUAUUCAGAAAAAUAUUCGUUUUUCGGUAUUCAACGAUCGUCCCCAAGGCGGUACGUCUCUUCUAGAUGGUUCUAUAGAUCUGAUGCUUCACAGAAGAAUACUAACAGACGACAGUGGAGUACAAACAUUUUUGAAUGAAACGGAAAAUGAGGUCAGCAUAUUCGUACGAGGCACUCACUACUUAUACUUAACAAAAUCAAAUUAUAAGAAAAAUCGACUAUUCGAAAAGAAAUUUUCAAAAGAAAUCGAACUCAAACCACAAAUAAUAACAUCGAAAAUCAAUAGAAAAACCGAUAAAAAUAAUUGGAUUAGAUUUAAAAAUGAAUUUACAAAUUUAAAAACGAAAUUGCCAUUCGGUGUACACAUUUUGACAUUACAAAAAUGGCGGGCUAAUCAAUUAUUACUGCGUUUAGAAAAUUACUUAGAAAAAAUCGAUGUUAUUAACGAUGGAAUUAAGAAAUUAUAUUUAAAUGAUUUAUUAGAGAAUAUCAAGUUGAAAAAUGUUACGGAAACGGUUUUAUCAGCGAAUAUGAAUUUGAAGGAUUGGACGCCAUUACUUUGGCAGACUAACAACAGUUUUGUUAAGAAUUUUAAUAAUUUUUAUGGUGACGAUCUUGCUGUAUUAUCUAACGACACAUUAGAUGAUGUAAGAGAUGUUAAAUCAAACGAAGCCAUAUUGUUAGUUCCGCAGCAAAUAAGAACUUUUAUAAUUGAUUAUGAAUAUGAAAAUAAUUAA